GCCCUGCGCUGCUCCUGCCGGCUCCCUGCGGCCGGCACCUCCGGAGCCACGGCUGUUUGUGCAGAUGGUCAGAUCGGAUGCUGGGGACAAAUCUGCCCUCAGAGGGCGGGGAGGGCCUGGCACAGUUUGCCCAGACAAGCUGGGCUGCCCCAUCGUGGAAAUGUCUGAGGCCGGGUUGGAAAGUGUCCCUGCCCAUGUCGGGGUGGAACAAGAUGAGCAUUAAGGUCCCUUCGAACCCAAACCAGUCUGGGAUGUCUCAGCUGCAGAUCCAGAGGAGGAGGAGGAGUUGCUCAGAGGAUGGGACAGGAAGUCUUGGCUUGACCACAGUGAUUCUGAAAGUCAAGAAAGUGAAACUCAACACAUCCCUUCUCCAACCAGGCAAACCGCAGUGCAUGCAAGUUCAUCCUUCCCACCCCUCUCCUCUUCCUCCCUGCUCCCAGAGGAGAGCUUCUAGCAAACGGAGCUGCUCACACUGCCCUGUCUUCAGCCUGCACCAAGGAAGCAGGAUGCAGCCUGGAGUCUUGCUGGCAGCCAGCACCCUGGCAGCAGUGCUGGGCAUGGCCCUGCUGGAGGAUGGAGUGUGUAGGGCACCGGAUGGCAAGAACGGCUCCCCUGGAGUCCCUGGCCGUGAUGGGAGGCCAGGGCAGAAAGGUGACAUGGGAGAGCCAGGGAGACCAGCGCUGAGCCCGAGCAUCAAGGGAUCCAAAGGGGAUGCAGGCGAACCAGGGCCUCCUGGCAAACCAGGCAUGCGUGGCCCACCUGGCUUUCCCGGCCUCGGGGGGGUGCCAGGGGUGCCAGGGCCACCGGGGCAGAAAGGGCAAGCUGGCGAUAUUCUGGGGCACCCGCAUCCCGCCUUCUCCGCCUCCAGGCUGUCCCCGCCACGCGUGGACACGACGGUGGUGUUUGACAGGAUCAUCACCAACCAGGAGAACUCCUACAGCCCCCAGACCGGGCAGUUCACCUGCCGCAUUCCCGGCCUCUACUACUUCGCCUUCCAGGUGGUGUCCAGCGGAGACCUGUGUCUGAGCAUCGCCAGGAACGGGCUGGGUGUGGCCAGCUUCUGCGACAACAGCCGCGGCCUCCUGCAGGUGAACUCGGGCAGCAGCGUGCUCAGCCUGGCCCUGGGUGACCAGGUGUCCCUGACCACCAACCCCGCCCAGGGCAGCUCCAUCUACAGUGGCUCCGAGGCCGACAGCGUCUUCAGCGGGUUCCUGGUGUCCCCAGAGAUGGCCUGAGGGACUCCCACAGCGUCGUGGGGUGUCUGCCUGCCUGGCUGCUCCCUCUGGGUGUGUGGGAUGCUUUAGUGCCACAGCGCGUGGGGAUUGUUCCAAACUGAGCAUCCAGAAGUGUUCUGUGCUUCCAGCAGUGUCACAGCUGGCCAAGCUCUGGGUCACCACUGCAGCACUCAGCUGCAUGCUGAGCCUGCCUGCACUGUCCUGGAGGCUGAGGACUCUCAGCCCUUUCUCCUCCUGGGCACUCGAGCUCCACUCCCAGUUGUCACAGCUGUGGCUCUUUGCUCCUGAGUGGGAAAUCACUGCCUGCUGCUGCUUCUGCUCCACUAACCACUGCAAAAGCCUUCCUGGCACUGGGACACAUCCUGUCACAAAAUUCCCAUAUAAAUGUAUAAAUAAAUACUUCUACCACUA